AUGUCGUCCCACUCCCACGGCGACGAUGGCCGCCGCGGCCUCCCGCGGCAGGGCUCCGUUUACGGCCUCACGCUCACCGAGGUGGAGACGCAGCUGGGCGAGCCACUGCGGACCAUGAACCUGGACGACCUCCUGCGCACCGUGCUCUCCGCCGCCCCGGCCGCCGCCGCCGCGGGCCAGCCCCCGGCUGCCAAGAAGACGGUGGGCGAGGUGUGGCGCGACAUCCAGAGCGCCGGGGGCGGAGGCCGCCAGCCCUCCAUGGGCGAGAUGACGCUCGAGGACUUCCUCUCCCGCGCCGGCGUCGCCGUCGACGCCGCCCCGCAUUGGAUGCACCAGUACCCGCCGCAGCAGCAGUACGCGCUGCCGCGGCCCCUGCCGCUCGGCGCCGCCGCCCCCGGCCCGGCUCUGGACGCCGCGUACCGCGACCGCCCGGUGGGGGUUUUCCUCUCGCACUCGCACUCGCACUCGCAGGUGGCCGGCCGGAAGCGCGGCGCGGCGGCGGCUGGGGACGGGGACGGCGUCGUGGAGAGGACGGUGGAGCGGCGGCAGAAGCGCAUGAUCAAGAACCGCGAGUCCGCGGCGAGGUCCCGGGCCAGGAAGCAGGUGGGGUUCCAUUUCCACUUCCACCAUUCCACAUCCAAUAGAAUAGAGAAUGUUUUAGGAGCGUACACCAACGAGCUGGAGAACAAGAUCGCCCGGCUGGAGGAGGAGAACGAGCGUCUCAGGAAGCUCAAGAUGCUGGAACCACUGGAGCCGCCACCGGAGCAGGACGAGCGGCUGCCAUUGCCGCAACCGGAGAGGAAGCAGCAGCAACACCACCACCACCUCCGGCGAACGAAUUCCGCCAGUUUCUGA